CUGGGGAAUGCCUUUCCUCGUCUGUCAGAGUGGGGGUAGGAGAGUUGGGGUGUUGAAGACAGAGCCUCGCCGCCCUCGCUGGUGGAAUCCUUCUCCUUAUGCUCCCCUGUCUCUCACCAGUUCUUGCCGGCACCAUGUCAGCCCGCGCGCCCCCGGAAGAGAGUCGUCAGCCGCCAGCAAGCCCGUGCGCACGCGGGGCCCGGCAGCCGCGGCUCUGGGGACACCUCGGAGAUCAGUCUGGCGAGACGCGGAUGCUCUGUGCGUCCGACCCGGCGUCCCCACUGACCGCAGCAGCCUGUCCAGCUCCCAUCCUCCCGGGAGCACCCCCAGCCAGCAAAGGGCACAAGAACUAUGGCCACCAACCCCCUGGGCAUGUGACGCACCCUGGCUGCCCCCACGCCUGCCCAGGGCUUUCUCCUGUGGCAUUUCCAGGCACCCCAGUGAUUUCAGGUGCAGAGAGGAGGAGGGGGCAGAGGGCAGGAAGGACAGCAGCUCUGGAGCCUGGAGGACCAGGCAGUGGACUGCAGGAGGCACCUUAUCAUCGCACACCCAAGGCCCGAGGCCCCGUGAGCCUGUUGCUCUGCUGGACCUUGGGGGGUGUGGGCCUCGCUGGGGAGUGCCCGGCCAGCCCAUCGAUGACACACGCAAAGGGGACCCCUCGCGCCUGCUUGGCUUCCAUUCCAUACCCUGGCCACACUCGGCGCCCCAAAAAGAAGGUUGAAAAGUCCCACUUAACCCAGAGACACA